GGAUGUUGUGAGCGAGGGAAUAGUCCAUCAGACUGCAAACUUACGCGUCUUGACUCUGUAUCAUUCUAUCCACCAGAUCAUCAGCACGUUGUACUCCAGCCAGACACUUGAAAACAUCCUUUACACCUGCCGCAAAUCCGUUCAACUCUCGUUGCAUUGGUUUCUAGCUGCCUACAUCGCUGCCUUGGAUAGCAAAUCUUGGCUCUCGCCUCGCGAUGGAGCGACCAACAUAUGACCUUGUAAAUAUCGAUUUGGAAGACUCGGGUCGAAUCGCGAUCGUAAAAUACAAUCGGCCCAAGUCAGGAAAUUCUCUCCAUCCGGACCUCCUCUCACAGAUGUUGUCUGCCAUAAAGUGGGCAGACAGUCAGCCUGGAGUACAGAUCAUUGUUCAGACAGGCGAAGGCAAAUUCUUUUGUUCCGGGAUGGACUUGAUGGACACGCAGGGGCACAUGUCGUUCGCUCUGGGUUCCGACUUCCACCAACUGAACAAGACCAUCAUCUCUUCCCAGAAGCUGCUCAUAGCUGCUGUCAACGGCCCAGCUGCUGGCUAUGGCGUGAGUAGUCUUGCACUCUUUGACCUUGUCUAUAGCGUGCCUAAUGCUUACUUCUUCACGCCUUUUGUUAAAUGGGGAAUGGCUACUGAAGGAGCCUCGAGCUACACGCUCCCUAGAAUUAUGGGGUAUCAGAAAGCCGCCGCGCUCUGUUUGGCUGGGGAGAGGAUUACCGCUAAGGAAGCAGAGGCAUUGCACUUGGUGACCAAAGUUUUGCACAAGGAAGGAGAGUCGUUUCUACGCGCAGUGAUUGAUAUUGCACGUCAGAUUCUAAAAUCGCCGCCGGGGGCUAUACGAACAACGAAGAUGCUCAUGAAGCAGCCAAUCCUUCAGCAUCUGCUUGAUGCAAACGAUCGUGAGUGUGCAGUCAUCCACAAGGAGAGAUAUGGUUCAGCGGAGUACGAAGCGGCGGUCGGUCAGUUCAGAGCUGAGCAAGAGCACAAACGUCAGUUCAGGGGAAAGCUCUAG